AUGUCGGCCGCCAGCCGCCAGCUCCCUGCCUACCUGCCCGAGGACGCGCUGAGCCCCGCUCGUUGUGGCGCCCUGCGCGGCGGCAGCCACCCGCUGUCCAAGAGCUCCUCGAGCCUGGCGUGCGCCGGGCAGCGGYGCCCGGAGCUGGGACAGGGCGCCAGGGCGGAGCUGCGCAAGAGCCGCAGCAGCACCGUGUGCCCRGGUGCGGGCGAUGCCGCCGGAGCGCCCGGAGCCGUGAACCACCAGCCAGCUGCAGAUGCCGCACAGAGCAGCGCCACAAACCACCUGGCUGUCGCGGAGCGGUGCCCUGCGGCCCGUGAGCUGGGGGAGAGCAGGAUGUGUGUCAGGAGCAGCACUGCUGAGAACGUUUCUCCUGCCUGCGCUGAGCACCCGCAGAGCGUGUGUAGAAUGGAAGCAGUGGGAGCUGCCCUCCAGAGAAGCCACUCGGACCUAACCUGCAGCUGCAGGCAGCAGGGUUAUAUCACUCACAUAGAUGCCAGUGCUGCUCACGCCACCCUGAACUCUUCUAGCAGCGGGCAUGGUCCGUCAGUGGCUAGGAUGUCUUUCCAAGGGCAGAUAUAUGGAUCAGAAACACAUGAAAAAAGCCGCUAUCAGAACCUUGCAACUCACCUGCCAGCCAUACCUAGAGACCAAAGAGUGCCCACAAACAGCUACGACAGCAGCGGAAUKGCGCGCAAUGCUGCCGUGUACACAGACCCUGGAACGUUUCACACGGCUGUGCUAGGCCCCCACGUGCCUGCAAGCGCUUUCUCAAGCAGGACAAUGUUCUGUCAGGCCGCCGGGAUUGCGCAGGGUGGUCUGACCUACRCUAAUACCCCGAGCUGUGGGUACUCGGCCAUGGUGAUGACUGCUCACAACAACUCUGCAGUGCCCUGCAACGCGAGGCAGGAGUCCUGCGUGAGAGCGGCUGCCACGGUGCCUGCCUACUGCCACUCCUUGCCCAUCCCGGCGAUACAGCUCGUGCCGCGCCUGGCGUGCUCCGUCAGCGAGCAGCCGCCGCUCCCCGCUCACUGCCAGUCCUUUCCUGCCUCCAACAUUCUCACCUACCCCAAGCUGGUGUCAUCGCUCAGCGAGUCGGGCCUGGAUGCCAAGCGGGUCCUCAGGUGCUGCGCUGCUCCUGGGCAAGAGCCGCAGCGCUGUGCCCAGCAGGGCAGGCCGCCUCCAGCGGCCACCUGCGCUGCCUUCAGCAGCCAGCACGGGGCAGGCCUCGUCAUGAAAACCAAGGACAUGUGGACUAUGACCUCUAUGAAUGACCUGACCAAAGGACUGAAGCAGUCUCUGGAGUGCAGAGAUGCCGAAGUGCAGACUCUUCCAACCCUGGAACACAAAUCUGUGGCCACGAGCCCUGCGGCYGCAGCAGAAAGCCAGCUGCACGUGUUCCCAGAGGUGAAUCUGCAGCCAGACCUGGAGGCCCCCAAGUCUCCAGUACGUGAAGUGAGGUGGGACGAUGAAGGAAUGACAUGGGAAGUGUAUGGGGCAUCUGUGGAUCCAGAGGUUCUUGGCUUAGCCAUUCAGAAACACCUCGAGAUUCAAAUAGAACAAUUCCAGACAGAGCCUGGUCAGCCAGCUGAGAAAAGCAACGAGGAUCCUUCGGAUAAGGAACCACCUUCUGCUAAAGAGGGGAAGAAGAGACCGUUCCGGACGAUGAUGCACUCUCUGAGACACCCGAGCUGCUGUGCCUGGUCCAGCGCUGCAGUGGAGUGAGCA